UGGCAGGGUGGCCGGAGAUUGGGAUCUGCCCGCCCUGCAGGCCUUGCUGGCUGUGGGGAGCCCGUCCGUGUUGACAGUGGGCUGCGGAGCCUCCCCCUUGCUGGUCAAAGCAAUAUAAAGCCACCCUGAGGUCCAGGCCACCGCUGCCCACUGGUGACCAUGAAGGCCGUCCUCCUCGCCCUGCUGGCAGCUGCCUUGGCCCUGCGGCCAGGCACCGCCCUGGAGUGCUACUCCUGCAAGGCCCGCGUCAGCAACCAGGACUGCCAGCGCGUGCAGAACUGCUCCCACUCCGAGACGCAGUGCUGGACCGAGCACAUCCGUGCGGUUGGCGUCCUGACCCUCAUUAGCAAGGGCUGCAGCUCGCACUGUGUGGAGGACUCGCAGAACUACUACGUGGGCAAGAAGAACAUCACGUGUUGCUCCACUGACCUGUGCAACGCCAGUGGGGCCCAUGCCCUGCAGCCAGCCACUGUCACCCUGGCACUGCUCACUGCUCUCGGUGGCCUGCUGCUCUGGGGCCCUGGCCGGCUGUAAGAUCCAGGAGGACCCCGCUGUCCCAUGCUGGGCAUUGAUGUCCAGGGGCCCAGAGCACUCUUCACACACACCUGGCCCAGUUGAGGCUCCUCCGAGACCCUAACUCAGCUUGGACCGUGCCCCUCUGCCUUCUCCAGCCUUCUGUGGCUCCCCCCACAAGCCCUGCCCAGCUCCUACUGCUCAGCAGGCUGGGUUCUAUUGCUGUGGCACUGUCCCAAAUGAGUAGAACCCAGCCCGUACACAGUCUGUCCAACCCCCAGGCUCCAGCCUACCCCACAACCCUCGCUCAGGCAUCUCUUCCUCCAGGAAGCCUUCCCUGCCCACCCCCUCCGUCAGCUAAGCCAUGUCCCACCCAUGGUGUCCCCCACCACCAGCAAGUCGCUGGCACUCAGGAGGGCCCCAUGAAGGCUGAGGGGUGUAAGGUCCCACAGGUCCCAAAAGAUGAGGUGUGGAAGGGGGUUCCAGCUCCACAUGGCCAUGGGAGUCCUGGGGCAGGAACCCCAGCACAGGGUAGGCCCUUAAUAAAGUCCCCUUGACUUAGCUGCA